AAUGUUUAAAAAUGAAAGUUGCCAAGCUCACAUUUCAACUGAGGAUACGCAACGAAACGAUUUAAUACAAUCGGAAUUAUAUCGUUUGGAUUAUGAUACGUUGAAAAUUGAUCUAUGCGAGUCAAAAGCCUGGUUAAAAGAGUAUUUAGCGUGUGCCGAGUGUUUAUGGCAAACUUUGAACGUUUGUGAUAAAGAUCAGAGAUAUAUUCAUCUAAAGGAAGUGCAUGAUCUUAAAGCACAUGUAGAAAGACGACGCCCUGCGCUUGAAGAAACUUUGCAAGUGUGUAAAGAAUUUGUCUCACAGUAUUCAUCCGGAGUCGUCUUUCUAGACAUUGAUUUAGAUUUGAGCGACGUUCAAUAUGUUUGGGACGUACUUCAGCACCGACUGACCGAACUAAAUUGGUACUUUUCGAUCGAAACCGACCUUGAUCUUGCCCCUCCUGCCUUUAAAGAUCUUCCUUUUCGCCAGCAACUGUCUGAAAGUCAGUGCACUUCUUGCCCAAGCUGUGAUUUAGAGGAAACCGUUACUAUGGACACAAUGGAUUCUAACGUUAUCAAACCUAAAGCAUUCGAUUUAGUAGUGGAUUCUUUCGGUCUUUCCCCACCGAAGAAAAGACGUAUUGGGAAAGAAAACACGGAUGUUGACUCAUCUCCUGCUACGAGUUUAGCGUCAAUACCAUCUAUAGCAGAUGAAGAGGCUGACUUUGUGACAAACUUAAAUUCCACACUAAUAACUCCCGUGAAUGGGGUUAUCUCACCCCAGAAAGUAGAUGAAUUAUGGAAUGCAAUAAAGUCCGAUUACGAAUAUUUAAUGGACGAUGAUGCUAUUGAAGCUUCUUGCAAGUCUACAGAAAGUGAAGUCUCUGAAAGUGAAUCUGAUUCUUUCGCAGAAGUUUCAUUGACAGAAUUUCUGAAACAAUACAAGGAGCUAACUGACUGGUUAACAAAUGUCCGAAUGCAAACUGAUAAGAAAUGCCAACGUCGAUCGUCUUGCUGUGAAAAAUUUGUUUUCGAAGGUUAUUAUGAUGAAAUGGUGAAACAUUCUCCUCGUCACAAAUUACUGAAAGAUUACGCUAGACAAUUAAUAAAGAGAUAUCCCGCCAUAAAGGAGCAAGUAAAUGGUAAAUUAGCUCAUUUGAACUCAUUAUGGGCUCAGCUAGAGGGAACUAUAGGGCCACCGGAUGUGCAGCAAGCCUCUCUGGAUGCUAUGAUUGAUGCUCUAAAACAAGACGUAAUUUUACUAAAAAAAUGGUUGCAUAAAGUGGAAAAUAGUUUAUACGAAUGUCGAUUAGAUCCAAAAUGGGAUAAAACUGAAAUUCAACGCCAGAUGGCGCUUCAUCAAACACUUCAAAAAGAAAUAGAAUCACAAUCCAGUGUUAUAAGAGCGGUAGAUAAAUUGUGUAAUCGACUGCAACCUCUUUUACCACCAGACGAACAAGGAAAUUUUCAAGACGUGGUGGGUAGUUUAGAAAAACGUUGGCACGAAGUUUGGCUAGCUUCAUUAGAGUGGCAAUUCCGGUUAGAAGACGCCCUUUCUCCAACAACACGUCAUCCUGUUUUUCCGAUCGAGAGUCUGUCACGGUCCGCUUCCUCUGGUUUUUCUCGGGAUUUAACAAAUAGUAGCGACAUAAUACCGUUCUCUGAAGACGAAUACGAAAAAAUUGAAGGUGCAGAUUCUGCUCUUGGAAGAAGUGUUUCUGACCACUCUUUGCUAACUCCCGGAAAAUUUAUUCAAUUUAAGAGGGAGAAUAUGAGAGCAUCCUCAGCUCCUCCAGGAUCGGAAGCACCUGACAUAGGAUAUGCAAGUGAUGCAAAUAACGACGAACCUCCAGGUGCUCCUCAGACCUUUCGAAUGAAAAAAAAUCCCCCAGGAGGAAUCUGGCGCCACUCAGUCACUUCAGCUUAUGGAAGUGACGCUCAGGCAGAGAGUAGCGAUGUGGAAGUUACGAAAAAAGUUGAACAAUUAGUCAAAUCCUCAUCACAUUCUUAUUACACUUUAACGUCUCUAACAAAUGAAAUAGCUAAUAAUACUGGUCAAGAAGAUGCUUCUAAUGUGACUGAAAGUGAAGAACCACACGAAAUUGUUCAAAGAUUAGUUUCUACAGCAGAUCGUUUAAUAUCCCCCGUAUCUACAGAAUCAGAGGACGAAUUUGCAUCAAAUAUCACGCGUAAAACUAUAUCUGAACCGGCUAUUGAUUUCUUAGCGAGUAAUUCGGGACUGUUCCCACGAACCGUAUCAUUUGAUUCAUCACCUUCUAAAAAAACUAGAAAACGUAAAAUUAAACGACCUUCAGCUAGAGAAGAGCCCGCGAGUGAGGCUGCAUGGGACAGCUAUCAAGAUCCCCCAUAUCCUACUGUAACGGAUGACGAUGACGAGGAAAAAUUGGAUGAUUGCACAUUGACCUGGGAUUUUCCAAAUAAUGCAACAGAAAUAGGCCCAGUAUCACCUCGUCGUAGAAGCAGAUCAGUAGCCAUUCAUCAGGAUACAGAUUCUGAUAGGGAGGAUUUAAAAGACGUUAUCACGGAAUCACGAAAACAGUUGGAAGUUCUUGAGAGGACACUUUCAGCCGACUGUAUCAUAGGCUUAAACGAGGUUAAAGCCACGUGUAAGACUAAUAUAGAAUGCUUAGAUAAUGUACUGGUUCAUAUGGAUACCUCUGACGAUCUUUCAGAGGCAAGUGAUGAUGUUAGACUAUUAGUGUCUCGAUGGAAACAAUUACACAAUGAAGCGAAACAAAAAUUAAAUAUUUCUUUCUUAAUGAAAGACGUACAACAAGUUCAUCAGGUAAUACAAUCUACUAAUGACAUUCUUGCCGUAACAAGUUUCGAUACUCCUGAGGAGCUAGAAGAUAAUUUGAAGAGAAUAGAUACGGGUAUAGUUGAAAUUAACUCCAAUUUGCAUCAACUUGAUCAAUUGGAACAAAGUUAUAAGGAAAGCAACUCUAUAUGUGGCCAAAUCGAACGAGAACUGAACUCUGCUAGAACUCAAUUAAAUGUGGCAGCCAAACAAUCUUGGAAUGCUCUUUGUAGUUUACAACAGCAAUUGCACGCCUGGAAACGUCUGCAGGACGGUACGCAGCUCUUAACUUCUCAACUUGAAGAGCAACAACAAAUAUUGACCAAUUUUGGGAAUUCACUAAAAUUACGGGCUGAUUGUUACUCACCCUCCGACAUGCAGAGUUUGCACAAUGAAAUUCAACAACUUAAGCAACAAAUCGACCGCCAUGAUAACUACCUACAGCAGUUACGUCUUCUUGUAGAAGAAACGUCAACAACACGCAAAAGUAAUUUUAUCGUCAUUGAUGAAUUAGACAAACAAGUUUCGGCAAUGAAGCAUAGUGUCGCUGUUGUUGACGUGGUUGUACAACAGAAGUCGACUCAAGCAGAAUUGCCUUACAAACGUUCUCCAUUAGCACGAUUUCUUAGAUCAUCUAUGCCGAUUCCAUGCAUCUUUAUACUCUUCCUGGGAGUGGCUUAUUUCAUAGAUCCAUCAUUAACGAAUUCACUAACGUCAUGGACAAUGACUUACGAGCAUAUUGACGGUGCUGCCCAAUAA